UUCAUUAAUGAAGAAAUGAGCUACAACCCCGAAAGUGAGAGAAGAGAACAUGAAAGACUAUUCCAGAGUCUGAAUGAGGAGCAAAGAAUGGUAUACAACGGAGUAUUGGAUUCUAUAGAAGCUGGUAAAGGAAACCUAUUCUUCUUAUAUGGACAUGGUGGAACGGGUAAAACAUAUCUAUACAAAACCAUCAUAUCAAAGUUAAGAUCACAACAAAAGAUUGUAGUACCAGUUGCAUCUUCAGGCAUUGCAGCGUUGCUUCUUCCAGGAGGUAGAACAGCCCACUCAAGAUUCAAAAUCCCAAUUACCUUAGAGGAGCAUUCAGUGUGUGACAUAAAAACAAGAUCCAUGAUAGCAGAACUGCUAAAACGGGCUGACUUAAUAAUUUGGGACGAAGCACCCAUGACUCAUAGAUUGGCAUUUGAGGCGUUCGAUCGAACAAUGCGCGAUAUCUUAUCUAAAGAAGAUCCAUCUGCAAUCGAUAAACCAUUUGGUGGGAAGACGCUUUUGCUAGGUGGCGAUUUCAGGCAAAUACUACCUGUGAUAAAUGGAGGAAGUAGACAAGAGACAGUGUCAGCUGCAAUCAAUCGCUCCAAUAUUUGGGAUGCAUGCAUUCUCUACACAUUAUCUCAGAACAUGAGACUGAAAGAUGAAGAAAAAAAGUUUGUAGAGUGGAUACUUCAAGUUGGGGACGGAAAUGCACCAUCUAUUGAAACGAUGGAGGAUUCUAACGCUGACACAGACAACAUCAAAAUACCUUCCAAGCUGUGUUUUAAAUGGCGAGAGGCGAGGUGAGGCGACAGAGGGUAGGUUUGGCGCCCUGCGCCUAGGCGAGAUUCGCCCCACGCCUUUGGUGUAUGAGGCGCAACUGCAAAAAACAGACAUAAGGCGCUAAGCGAGAUGAGGCGGGCUCCAUGGCAAGGCAUCCCGAAGCGAGCGCCUUUGGUCUACCGCCUGGCCUCAUCUACUAGAGGCGCUACACCCUUAUAAUCACCUCGCCUCUCGCCCAGACGCUUUUUUAAACACAGCUGCCAAGUUGAUGGUUCCAUCCGGAGAAAGCCCACUACAACAACUUGCUGCUGACGUUUACCCAGAUUUUGCAAUCAAAUACAAGAAGCCAAAAUACCUCACUAAAAGAGCCAUAUUAGCUCCAAAGAAUGACAUAGUCCAUGAUCUGAACAUGAUGAUGCUAGAACAAGUUCCUAGGGAUCCAAAGGAAUACUUAAGUUCAGAUACAAUUGAAAUGGAAGGAGACACGCCUGAGAAAGAUCAACUGUUAUAUCCAAUGGAAUUUUUGAACACACUUAAAUUUUCGGGCUUACCAGAUCACAACCUAACCAUCAAAGUAGGGUCUCCAGUUAUGCUGCUGAGAAAUAUGAAUCAGAAAGAGGGUCUUUGCAAUGGUACCAGACUAAUUGUUACACACAUGGGGGGAAAGAGUCAUAGAGGCAGAGAUCCUGACUGGGACAUGUGCAGGAAACAAGGUGGUUAUCCCGCGUAUUAUACU